CAACAAGCCUCCCCGUCCCUAGACUUCCUUCUCGAUUCCCUCGCUUAAUCUUGGUCGCUCUUUUUCUCCCAUAUCAUUUCAACAUUCUGAACUGACCCAAGCCUUCCUCAAACACAUCUCUCGUGAUGCCUCUGUGGUCGUGUGAAUGGGAGACUUGUAGGAAACCGGCUGUGCAAAGAGCAGGAGACUGCUUGCUGUGUGACAGACACCUCUGUCGCACUCAUCUUCGAGAGCCGUGGCACGAAUGCCCGAAGCCAGAGGAAAACUGGGAAUCCUAUUCCGCUCAAUAUGCAGCCACAGAGGCCCGCCAUAUAGACGAGCUAUGCCGCCCAGUAGAUGGUUCCAGAUUAUGCUCCCGCGCAUCGAUGCUUAGGGGUGGUAUCCCUUGUACCGUUGAAUUGUCCCGCAGGAGCCUGUCAGCUAUGAUGGGAAACCAGAACUGCCACACCGAGAUCACCUUCCAAGACGAUGUCAAGUGGCUCGCACGUUUCCGCCUUGCGAGGACCUCAUCAACGCCACGGGAAGUCCGUGACUGCAUCCUUCGAAGCGAAGCUACCACCAUGGCCUACCUUCAACAACACACUCGCAUUCCCGCACCCAACAUCUUUGACUGGGCAUGCGAAUCUGAUCCGGAGAACCCAGUUGGAGUCGGCUACAUCCUGAUGGAAAAACUGGACGGAAAGCCCCUGGACUGGCAGGAGGCGACUCCGACGCAGAAGGAGAAGGUCAUGCAACAGCUGGCUGACAUAUUCCUCGAGAUCGAGAAGCAUCCCUUCGAAGCAAUGGGGUCACUCGUCUCCUCGGCUGAGGAUACCACCGAGUUUGAGGUUCAAGGUCUCGCACAUCCCGCAACCUUCCGCAUGGGAGGUGGAGGUCCGCUAGGUCCCUUCUCUUCCUCGCUUAGGGGGUCACGCGCCAUGCUCGAAUCAUACCUCGCAAUGAUAGCCAGCAGCGAGAUUGACGCCUGCCAUCCGGUAGACGCCUACCUCGCACACCACUUCCGCUUGGAGGUUGUUGGCGGCCUUUGGGAAGACGUCUCAUCAGGGGGCCAAUCCUUCCUCAAGCACCCGGACGACAAGGGUGACCAUAUCCUGGUCAACAGCUCUUUCGACGUCGUCGGAAUCAUAGACUGGGAAUGGACCCAGACGGUUUCCAGGGCGGAGGCCUUCUGCUCCCCGUGCAUGCUGUGGCCGGUGACUGAGUUCUACAACGGCUCCAAUGAGCUAGCCGCGGAUGAACUACGGCUAGCUAGCAUCUUCCGAGAAAGGGCCGUGAAGAUCUUGCUAACUAUGUUAUCGAGGGCAGGAAGGUCCAGAGAUUCUUCUUCGCUCUUGGCCCCGACAGCGCCUGACCGAAAGACGUUCACAAAUCUCUUCACGGGGCUCAAGCGGGCCCUUGGCUCCGGAGACGAGGGGUGGGAACAAUGGAAGGGCGAUGGAUUGCUUCAGGGCUUGACGACUUAAGGCCCCAGAGGG